CCCCGCCGCCGUCUCUGUCAGCCACUGUCCCUCUCCCCCUGCCCUCCGUCCUUCCUCUCUCGCACCUGAGCACACGCACCUGCCCGAGCCCGGCUCCCGGUCCCUCCUCCCUCUGCCCCGUCCUGGUUUGCCCGCCCGGCCGGAAGGCUCGGGCCCUGGCCGCGGGAGGCUCGCGGCUGCGUCACCGCCGCACCCCCCAGACAAGAUGGACACCGCGGAGGAAGACAUUUGUAGAGUCUGCCGGUCAGAAGGAACGCCCGAGAAGCCUCUUUAUCAUCCUUGUGUAUGUACUGGCAGUAUUAAAUUUAUCCAUCAAGAGUGCUUAGUUCAGUGGCUGAAACACAGUCGAAAAGAAUACUGUGAAUUAUGCAAGCACAGAUUUGCUUUCACACCAAUUUAUUCUCCAGAUAUGCCUUCCCGGCUUCCAAUCCAAGACAUAUUUGCAGGACUGGUUACCAGCAUUGGCACUGCAAUCCGAUACUGGUUUCAUUAUACACUUGUGGCCUUCGCGUGGUUGGGAGUGGUUCCUCUUACAGCAUGCCGCAUCUACAAGUGCUUGUUUACUGGCUCCGUGAGCUCACUGCUGACACUGCCACUAGACAUGCUGUCCACGGAAAAUUUGUUGGCAGAUUGUUUGCAGGGCUGUUUCGUGGUGACGUGCACGCUGUGUGCGUUCAUCAGUUUGGUGUGGCUGCGUGAGCAGAUCGUCCACGGAGGAGCCCCAAUUUGGCUGGAGCAUGCCGCCCCCCCCUUCAACGCUGCCGCGCACCACCAAAAUGAGGCUCCGGCGGGAGGGAAUGGUGCAGAGAACGCUGCUGCCGAGCAGCCUGCUGACCCCCCGGCUGAGAACGCCGUGGUGGGCGAGAACCCUGAGGUACAGGAGCCUCAGGCCGAGGAGGAGGAGGAGGACAACGAGGAGGAAGAGGACGCAGGCGUGGAGGAUGUGGCGGACGCCAACAACGGAGCCCAGGAUGACAUGAACUGGAAUGCUUUAGAGUGGGAUCGUGCUGCGGAAGAACUCACGUGGGAAAGAAUGCUAGGACUCGAUGGGUCACUAGUUUUUCUGGAACAUGUCUUCUGGGUGGUGUCUUUGAAUACACUGUUCAUUCUUGUUUUUGCAUUUUGCCCUUACCACAUUGGCCAUUUCUCCCUUGUUGGCUUGGGGUUUGAAGAGCAUGUUCAAGCAUCUCAUUUUGAAGGCCUUAUUACAACCAUAGUUGGGUAUAUACUUUUAGCAAUAACACUGAUCAUUUGUCAUGGCCUGGCAACUCUCGUCAAAUUUCACAGAUCCCGUCGCUUACUGGGAGUCUGCUAUAUUGUUGUUAAGGUCUCUCUGUUGGUAGUAGUUGAAAUUGGAGUGUUCCCUCUGAUUUGUGGCUGGUGGCUAGAUAUCUGUUCCUUGGAAAUGUUUGAUGCUACUUUGAAAGAUCGAGAACUGAGCUUCCAGUCGGCCCCGGGGACCACCAUGUUCCUGCAUUGGCUUGUGGGGAUGGUGUACGUGUUCUACUUCGCCUCCUUCAUCCUGUUGCUCAGAGAGGUUCUUCGACCUGGGGUCUUGUGGUUCCUACGAAAUUUGAAUGAUCCAGAUUUCAAUCCAGUUCAGGAAAUGAUCCAUUUGCCCAUUUACAGGCAUCUCAGGAGAUUCAUCUUGUCAGUGAUUGUCUUUGGUUCCAUCGUCCUCCUGAUGCUCUGGCUUCCUAUACGCGUCAUCAAGAGUCUGCUGCCUCAUUUUCUUCCAUACAAUGUCAUGCUCUACAGUGACGCUCCGGUGAGUGAGUUAUCCCUGGAGCUGCUGCUGCUGCAGGUCGUCUUGCCAGCGUUGCUGGAGCAGGGACACACGCGGCAGUGGCUGAAGGGACUCGUGCGGGCGUGGACUGUUACUGCCGGAUACUUGCUGGAUCUCCAUUCCUAUUUAUUGGGAGACCAGGAAGAAAAUGAGAACAGUGCAAAUCAACAAGUCAACAACAACCAGCAUGCUAGAAACAACAAUGCAGUGCCCGUGGUGGGCGAAGGUCUGCACGCAGCUCACCAGGCCAUACUGCAGCAGGGCGGCCCUGUCGGCUUUCAGCCUUACCGCCGGCCUCUGCGUUUCCCACUCAGGAUAUUCCUGCUGAUUGUGUUCAUGUGCAUAACCUUACUCAUUGCCAGCCUCAUCUGCCUUACUCUACCAGUAUUUGCUGGGCGUUGGUUAAUGUCGUUUUGGACGGGGACUGCCAAAAUCCAUGAGCUCUAUACGGCCGCCUGUGGCCUCUAUGUCUGCUGGCUCACCAUCAGGGCUGUGACCGUGCUGCUGGCGUGGAUGCCCCAGGGCCGCAGAGUCAUCUUCCAGAAGGUUAAAGAGUGGUCCCUCAUGAUAAUGAAGACAUUGAUAGUUGCCAUGCUGCUGGCUGGAGUCGUCCCGCUCCUGCUUGGGCUCCUGUUUGAGCUGGUCAUUGUGGCUCCCCUCAGAGUCCCGUUGGAUCAGACUCCUCUUUUUUAUCCAUGGCAGGACUGGGCACUUGGAGUCCUGCAUGCCAAAAUCAUUGCAGCUAUCACACUGAUGGGCCCUCAAUGGUGGCUGAAAACUGUAAUUGAACAGGUUUAUGCAAAUGGCAUUCGAAACAUUGACCUUCACUACAUUGUUCGGAAGCUGGCAGCUCCGGUGAUCUGUGUGCUGCUGCUUUCCCUGUGUGUCCCCUACGUCAUAGCUUCGGGUGUCGUUCCUUUGCUGGGUGUUACUGCAGAAAUGCAAAACCUGGUCCACCGGCGGAUUUAUCCAUUUUUACUGAUGGUCGUGGUGUUGAUGGGAAUCCUGUCCUUCCAGGUCCGUCAGUUCAAGCGCCUUUAUGAACAUAUUAAAAACGACAAAUACCUUGUGGGGCAACGCCUCGUGAACUACGAACGAAAAUCCGGCAAACCAGGCACAUCUCCGCCUCCACAGUCAUCCCAAGAAUAAAGUGAUUGUCUCAACUCCUUACCUCCCCAUGCCUUUAUGUGUCCUUUUUUGUGGACUUCUCUGUUUGGAGAUCUUCCGUGCUCUCAGCGCUGUUUUUAGGUUUCCUCUGUUUGACUUGUGUCUCCGGCAUUCAGCAAGCAGCCGCCUCAACUCUGCUGCUUGCGCGGGUCUGCUGCCGUCACUGCUGUCUGAGAUCUGUAUAUGUGUAAAUAGAAGCUCCCUGAGGCCCUCACACCUUGGAUUAAACAGAAUGUGCAUUGUACAUCUUUAAACAAAAUGUAUAUUAAUUUAUUAAAUCUAGUUGUCACUUUAUUUUGGACCUGCUGUGAUCUCGACAGGAAACGUGCCAGAGUACUGGUGCGCAGGUCAGAUUCUGCAGUGACGUCUCGUGGCGUGCACUUGUCGCUGUCCCAGGCAGUUCUCACUGAGGAAACUGCACAUUCUGUCUCGGCUGUUGAGACCUUACCAGGAACAUGACGGAAACAAGUUGAAAUCAGCAGUGGCGUGUCUUGGUAAGAAAACAUGAACUCUGUGCUUCACUGUCAGUCGGUUUUGGGAAGUUAUUUUGUAUAACACCAAAGCUGUUGCACAUUUUCUACUGCCUGAUUUUUUUCAUGUGUCUGUGUUUGUAAUAUUGUAUAGUAUCUUGUGCUAUUAAGGAAAUUAUUUUUAAUUUUGAUAAUUUAAUAUUCCUAGUGAUCAGCAUUGGGAGUUGGGUCUUUGUGCUUGUUAGGGGCAUGUCUGUACUUAGGAAAAAGGAAAAAAAAAAACGAAGAUUUUCAUUAGUUCCUCUCCCAGCUUUUCUACACAAAGCUGUCUCUCUUUUUGGCAGCAGUGGCCAAAAUUGCCAUGUCAAAUCUUAAAGCUCACAGAAUACCGUCACCAGCAGCACUGCGUCCUGCUUGUGUUGGGUCAUUCUGAGAUGCUCUCUGAGCGCGUGUGCUUUGGAGAAGACCGGCUGAGCCCCGUCCUCCUGCUCGGUACUCCAGUGCUGGGGACAAAGACCGUGCAUUUCUACUGCGGCUUCAGGAAAUCCCAGCUUUCCCAACACUGUUGACAGAGCAGAAUAGCGACGGAAACAGCCUUGUUUCCACUUGUCCAGAAUGAAGCCGGCCGAGGUGGCCUUUUAACGUAGGAAUGUGUUUCAGUGGAAAUGUGCUGUAAAACUGAAGAGACUGAAUGCUUACAAACUGAGUUUUCACUUACAACCAAAGCUUCCAGUUAAAUGUUUAGGAAAACAAAAGGGUUGGACACGUGAUUGAAGUAUUCAGUGGUAACGGUGUGUUGUUCUGAUAGUAUUUGUUUUUGGGUGACAAUUUACACAUUCUCAUUGAAAAUAACAUAAAAUCAUCAGAAACUGUGAGAGAAUUUCCAUAAAGUAUUAAAAUCCAUGGACUAAAAUUGAGGAAUUCUGAAAACAUGCAAGUCAGCCAGACAUAAGCUAACCAAAAUCAAGAACAACCUGUUUUGGUUGUCUUAGGUUUCAAGAGUUUUUCCCUAAGGGGUAAACAGUUACUUUUAAAAUAUAUAUCAGUAUAAAAAUAAACUUGACAGAAUUCAGUGUUACACUAUUUGGCACUUUGGAGUAAUCCAUUCUCGUAUAGGAAAUGGGUGUUUUUAACUCUACCUUUACAUUGAAAUGUAGUCCCUGAAAAAUUACCAUUUCAAAAUGGGAUUCCACCUGUUAUGGUAUAUGUCUAUAUUAAUUGGGUUUUUUUAGGGGGAAGAGAAAUAUUGAAUUGAGAUGUAACCUGAUUAUUUUAAUUUAGGUUUCUUUUCAUAUUUUGAAGAAUUUGUAAAUCUUGAUACAAAGUCACUGAAGUAUAUCUAGUAACAAAAACAGAUAGUAUAAAAGAUUAAAAAGCUUAAGGCUGCAAUAUUACAGAUGAGUCUUGGGUUUUGUAAAACAGCAAUAUGAGUGGCCGAAGCCUGCUCUCUGUUUUGCUGGCCAUUAACUUUUCAUUGUCUCACUUCAGAAUUACCCUCGUUUUUAAGUUGUGCUUUGUCCUGUUGUUUUCAAGAAGAUAAAUUCUUUAAUAGGGAAAGAACUUUCUGGCGUAUGUUUGCUUGACUAGCAUGCAGGUUUACUCUUAAGCAAUAGUUUUAUAAAUGCAGAAAACCCAUACUUCAGAAAGUGCUGCUGCUGCUGCCCUUCAUGUAGAAUUUUUUUUAAAAAAAUCAUAGUAUAGUUUUGCUUUAUUUUGCAUUGGGCUAAAAGUCUUCAAGGAACUUUACCAGGAAAGAACAUUUUGCUUUAUUACUAUCUGUAUGUUGGAGACAAAUUGACAUUUGGAUUUCACAUGGCCAGUUACAAAUGGUCUGAAGUGUGCACUUGUUCGUUAUUAGCAAAUUAUGUUUGUUUUUUUACACUAUGAAAUACUAAUAGUUGAGAUAAAAACUGAGGAAAAUGCCAAUGUGAAGUUUGUGUACAGUUCGUUGGCCUUUCAAAGUUCCUUGUUUAAGGUGGUCUCCUCCCCUCCCCCUUUCUCUGGGCAAACAGCGAAGAUGAGACAUCUCAAUUCCAGAUGUAAACAAAAAGGACUUUUGCUUGAGACAUUUAAUAUAAAUAUUACUACUAUGGCUUUUUGUGUUAUGUUUUUUCUUUCCCUUGUUUAAGUAAUAGACAGUAACUUUCCUCAAUUUAUUUGAUCCUAAAUGUGUCAUUUCUGUAUUGGCAAAAUGCUAUGAAAGUGUACUUCUUGGAUUUAGGAUGAAUUGAUGAUGUUUUAAAACAAAACCAAAAAGUCACACAGAGUGUGAGACUGCCAUAGAAGAACAGUGGCAUUGUUUAACUGCAAGGUGACUACUUCCAUUCUCAGGACUGGCCUUUUAAAGUCUUUCAUACUGUAAAAUUAAAUGAAUGUUUAAAAAUGCUGCUUAGAAUGUUCUCCAGUCACCAUCAGGAAAAGGCCGACGUCAGAUGUUAUUCCCCCAAGAUACCCUGGGACGCCACCUCCCCUGUGGGCCCCUGCAGCCAGCCUGCUUUCCUUUCAGCGGAGUCCUGCCCCACGUCUUUAAGAACAGCUGUCAUCAUGAGUAAGGGCUUCUUCCGGAACCAUCUCCAUCCAUGUCUUUGGCAUCAGCAUCACACAGAGCGGUGUGCGUAUGUUUUCCUUCCUGUCUACUUUGUAAGAGUGCCUCAUUUUGUAGUCAUUAAAGUAACAACGUACCCCACAUGCAAGUGUAAUUACCCCAGCCUGGGAGUGACUGUGGUGGAGGCUGAAUAGAACAUGUCGUUAGCGGGGAUAUCCGUUUUCUAUUGAAACACCUAGACACCCAGCCCAGUUUUAGUGUAUAUUAAGAUGCUCCCUUUUUAUGUGCUCAUUUGUUGUCUUACGAGUUAAGAAAACUGUUGAAUAAAGUGAAUGUUA